AUGUUUAUUCAUCUUUUCGUUUUCUAUUUUUUAAUCAUUCCAACUAUUGUUUAUAGUCAAUGUUAUUCAAAAUCAUCUCGAACAUGGACAUGUGAUGGCAAUUAUAAAUCAAAUAAUUUUACUUAUCAAACAAUUUUAAAUAAUCAACAAUUAGAAAAUUUCUUUUUAACUAAUUAUAAAACAGAAAUAUUUCGAAUAGAUAAUUAUCCAUUAACAUUACGUUUAUUAAAUGCAAGUGGAAAUCAAUUUCAAACAAUAAUAAUAACAUCAAAAAAUCGUUAUCAAUCAAAACUUCGUCGAUUAAUACUUCAAUCAAAUAAUAUUGAACAAUUUAAUAUUGAUACAAUUGUUUUACCAAAUUCGUUGGAAAAAAUUUCUUUAGCAAAUAAUAAAUUAAAAAUUAUUGAUGCACGUCUUUUUUCUCAUUUAAAAAAUUUAAUUGAAAUUGAUUUAAGAAAUAAUCAAUUAAAACGCAUUUUACCAGAUUUAUUAUUAAAUAGAAAUAUUAAAUUAAACAAUAAUCCACUUGAUUGUCAAUGUACUUCAGAAACCUAUAGAAUUAUGUGUGAAAAAGCAACAAAUGUUAAACAAAUGACAAUUGAAAGUAAUAAUUGUAUGGCACCAUAUUAUCAUCCUCCUGCAUAUGAUCCAUUAAUACCAUCAUAUUUUCGUUUUUCAACAUUUAUUCUUAUCUGUCCAAUUAAUGCUCAACCACCACCUAUAAUUAUCUGGUCAACUCCAUUUGGUAAUUUAACAUCAAUCAACUCAACUAAUAUUGAUCUAUUAUCAUCAAAUAAUAAUGAUGAACCAAUUUAUGUUACAAUAAUAGCUUUAGCUGGUCCAUUAACAGCUCGUACACAACAUACAUUGCAUGCAUUUAAUGGAAGUCGUUUAUCUGUAACAAAAGCACGUGCUGCUUUACAACAUCGUAUAUCAUGUUCUGGUAUAAAUAUGCUUGGUACAUAUACAUAUGAUUUUAAUUUUGAUAUUGAAACUUAUGUACAAAGUCGUGCUUUAUGGCAUAUUAUAUAUACAAUGGCAUUUGGAUUUUUUAUGGCUCUUGUUGCUGGUGCAUUAUGUGUUACAUUAAAACGUACAUAUUAUAAUGGUGAUAAUUUAAGAACUCCGCCAAUUUAUCCAACAAUGACACCAAAUAGUGCUGCUCGUACACCACCAAAUUUUGAACUUAAUCAAUGGUUAUCAUUAGCAGCAGCUAAUAUAAGUGGAACACUUGAACAAGUACGUGAUAAACUUCGAUUAGGUGUUCAACAAGUUAGUGAACAUAUGGGACAAACAAUGGAUCGUGCUACAGAAUUAUUUACUUAUGGUGUACAACAUGCUGGUGGAACUAUUCGACAAGCUGCUGAAACUUCUGCUGCAUAUCUUCAUUCAUUUCGUGAAACAAGUCAACAACGUUUAAAUACUAUGCGUGUACAAACAUUAUCAUCAUUACGUAAUCCAGGUCAUUUAAUGCGUGCUGGUAUGAAUAUACUUACAACACAAGUAAAUUCUUUACGUGAUUAUUGUGGUGUUAUAGCUGGUCAUCCACUUCCAUCAAAUUAUGCGAUUCAACAACAACUUUAUGAUUUACAAUAUUCACCAGGACCAAUGUUAAAUUUACGUCGUAAUCAAGUAACAACUAUACUUGAAGAAGAUGAAUCUCUUGUUGAAUCAGCAUCAUUAAUAGCAGCAAUGUAUCGUACACCUUAUGUUGGACAUACAGCAUCAAUAAUAUCACCUAAUGCAUCAGGAAUUGGUCAACUUGAUACAGCUGAUAAUUCAGUAUUAUUAGCACUUAAUAAUUUUAAUUCAUUAUCAAGAAAUAAUAUAGUAGAUAAUGAUAAUUUAAUAGCUCGAGGACAAAUGAGUGCAGGUAUUGGAACAUUUCAUGGUCAUAUGCAUGAUAAUGAUGAUGAUCUUAUUAAUGAACCCGAACGAUUAACUAUCUACGGUGAACACCGUCCAACGUGUUAA